AUGUCAAAGCAAUUUUAUUUCUUUAAAAAAGCAGUGCGGAAUAGACUGGAAGAUAAUACGUUUUGGACAUUGUGGGAACUUGUAGAGUCCUGGACUCAAAAUGAUUGGAUGGCAAUCUUUUUUAUAAUUUUCCUAGGGAUUAUUGUUGAGAUCAUACUCAUAAAGAUCUGUACAUCCUUUACUAAGAAGCCUGCACUUCCAGAAAAGGGUAGUUCAAGUGCCCAGGAGGCUGUGUUAAUGUCUUUCGUGUACUAUAAAAAUUAUCCUUCCAAAGUUGAUGACUUUUCAGAAAGAACAAUUACUUCAUCACUUACAUCUGAAGAAAAUGAAGGUGACUUUGAAGAUAGAGUUUCAACAGCAGAUGAAGUAAUAUGGUCAAGUACCAGUGAAAGUAAAUAUCAAGUAAGUCACUUUAGUGAAAGUCAUAUGAUAUCUUCAAAUGGGACUAGCUCAUCUUUGUCACUGUUUCGUUCAGAAGUAAAGGAAUUUUCUCCAAGCCGUGGAGGGUAUCCAGAAAAUGAACAUGAAACAGUACAAUUUUCAUCCAAGAAAUUAUUUUCAAUAAUGAAAACCAACAAAAAUAAAAAUUUAGUAUUUUCUUCUGACUUUAACUUUUCGAGAAGUUCUAGAAUCACUACAGAAAGUGAAGAUCUCAAUGUGGCACCAUGCCCUCCUGCCCACUUAUUUCUUUCUAGAGACCAAGUCAGACUUCUGGAAGAAAAUGUGAGAAAUCAAAUUGCUUUAAAAUCCAAAACUACAUUAGAGAGUAAAACUACUUAUCUGUACUCAAGACUUCAAGAGUCCUUGAUCCAGAAUCAACAUUCUGUUAGAAUGGGUAUUUCUACCCAACCACAAGAUUCUUUUCCAGGACAGAAUGCUCCUCAGAAUCAACAUUUUUAUGAAACCAGAUAUAGUAGUCAAGCCCAACAAUUUGUUAACAACCAAGAAUCAGUCAAUAGCCAGCCUGAUAUCAUGGCCAGAUACGUUGCUCUACCUCAAGAUUUGGUGAGGAAGCCAUUUUCCAGCAGCAUGCAAGACUCCUUCCAGACCCAAGAUAUGGACAGAAGCCAACAUUUGGUCAAUGUCUCAUAUUCUGUUGAGACUCAAGAUUCAGUCAAGGGCCUAGAGUCUGAUAAACACUUCGAACAGGCCCAGUAUUCUGUUUGGCUUAAAGAUUCAAACAAGAUUAAAUAUUUAAUUCGGGGGCAAAAUGCUAUUUUUAAGAAUGCCAGAUUUCUCGUUUUAAUGCUAAGUCCAAAUUCAUUUGCAGAAGGGGUGCUACAAAUAAAGACUGUAAAGCCAGGGGGCCAGAAACAAAUUGCCUCAUCAGAAUUAAGUCAGUAUUCUGUAUAUGGCUCAGGGCCUCUGUCACCUAUCCUUAAAAGGCAGAAAAACAGGAGAAAAAAAUUACCCAGUAAAAGUAAACUUAGUCUCAAAGUUCCAUCUCAAAUGUCAAAGAAAACACCAACUCUACGGGUAUUUCAAAUGACAGUAUGUCACACUUCAAAACCUAGCAAGUUUGGAUACAAGUAUAAUGCUAAGAAGGAAGAAUUACAUCAAAGAUGUAUAUCAGAGAUGGCUUUGCAUCUUACUUAUGUUUCCAAGCUUAUUCCUCCUUAUGUUAAGAAGUAUGCCAGAAAAAAACUAGUGAAAGUCAUGCCAGGUGUAACAGGAUGUAGACAUUCUCUGUCAUCAGAUGCAGAGAAUGUCAGUUAUGUGGGGUCUAUUGAGAAAAGAGGAACCUCAGGCAGUACUAAAAAUAAAAAGCAGCAUGGCAGAGAAAAUAAAGGACAAAAAACCAUUUCACCAAAAAUCCCACCUCAGCUAGAACAGUCUUUCAUGAUCAAUACUUUUCAACUAAAAUCACCUUGUUCUUCCUUAAUAGAAAUGACCUGGAAGAAUAAAGGGUCUCUUAAAGACCCAAUUACACAAGCAAAGGAAAUUGGUAUUGCAGAGUUUUGUGCCCCAAAUAGUAAAAAAACAUCUGACCUGCAUAUUCCAAAGCAGGAGUCACCUUUAAAAGAAGCUUUAUCAGAACCUUGGCAAAAAUUUGUCUCCUCUCCCGAAGUGGAAUCAAACAGGAGACUGAAAACACAGGAAGACUUAAAAAGUACAGAGAAUUCCCAUCUUCCACUUUCAAGUGGAGAAAAGUUACCAACUAGUUCACCAGAAAUGCAAAAGUGCUUUCCAGAUGGAAACACACAAAAGCAAAAAGAUUUUCUAGAAAUUGUUCUGGAGACCUCAGAGGUUAAUCUGCUUAUAUCACUAGGAAUCAAAGAGCAUGAAAGCAGUGAACAAUUAGCAAGUGUAAAAACUCAAGACCGUACAGAAGAUGUAAUUCUGAAGGAAAAGAAACCACUACUAACACUUCAUGUUACAGAAUGUGAUAACCUAAGUGAAAGUGAGGGACUGGAAUGCAACACUAGAAGCAACAUAAAAAAUAUGCAAGGUAAAAGAAUAUUUGCUACAUUUCACAAUGCCACCAACACUACCAUUUCUGAACCACCUGAUAGGGAAAUGCAUAGCGGAUUAAAAGGCAAGACAGAUACAUCAACAACAGGGGUUAGUCAUUCAGUGGUAAAGCUGGAGAAAUUACCAGAUGAAAAGAAAACAUGGGAUGUAAAAUACAUUGAGAAGAGAUGUAUAUUUAAAAAGUCACAAGAACAUGACAGAGGGGAAGAAGAACAAACUUUUCAAGAAGCAGUUCCAGAGCUAACACAAGAUUUCAGCCUCAGCCUGCAACUAAAGCAGAAGCCUAAAUAUGUCAGAUUUGAAAUAAAACAGAGCAGUUCAGGAAGCAGAAAAACUCAAAGUAAAGAGCAAGAGGUACAACCACAAACUCUUCCUACAGAAACAAUUUUGGGGACUAGUCCAUGCCCCCCGAUGGAUCCAUUUCAAAUUGAGGUAAAGCAAAGCAGAGACAGACCUACAGGCAGAGGAGCUGCAGAUCCAGAGAAUCCUCUUCCAGUGCUAGAGAACCCACGAGUUGGCGAAGUUUUAAUUGAAACAACAGAAUGUGGUGUCCCAUUUGGUGGAAGCCCCAGAAAGAUACCGGAUGAUCAUAUUACAGAAGAAAAGGCAGACCUCCAACAAGUUUUACCUGCAACUGCCCUGGGGUCUUUCAUUAUCUAUAUGCUUCCUUUAUCACAUUUUAAAAGGCAGCAAAUUAGAAAAAGAUUAUCAGGAGCAAAAAGGGUACUCAGUCCCAAAUCUAUAAUUAUGAAAGUAAAGAAGCCAACAAAUUUACUGAUGCCUCAUAUCAGAAGGCAUGGUACUGCAAGUCUUAGGAAAAGAUUGAGAGGCAAUUUUAAAAUCCUAAUUAAAGAGAUGCUGCAAGAUAAAAUUGUGGCAGAUGUGCUUGUGAAUGUUACUUAUCCUCACAUGUCUAUUUUGCCUCGGAUUAGAACACAUGGCAGAUUAAAUGCAGAGAAUCACGGUCAGACCAAGCUAAAACAAGAGAAAUCAGAAGAUGAAAGGGAAGAAAAGUAUUCAGAUUCUAUUAAUAAAGGCAGUGACUCUGGCAACAUAUUAGAAGAAGUUAAAUUGCAAGAUGAAGUGAGAGGAGACAAAGAAGCUCCACCAGAAGCAGUCCUUCAUGACAGCUGGAACCUCCAAUUGGAUGCCAAUCCAGAGAAGGAGCUCAAAGCAGAGGAAGACAUACCUCAACCAAUUACAUCCAUGGAAACCCUUACGGAGUCUGUUUACUCUUCCAUAAUGGAUCUAUUUCAUGUUGAGACUAUGAAGAAAAGCCUAACAACACAAGCGGACUUAAAAUGCACUGCAGAUUCUGAGACACCUCUCCCAACAUCAGAGACACCUCUCCCAACAUCAGAAAAAUCAUUGGCUGGAGACCCUCCAAACCAAAUAAGAGAAAGUGAUGUUCUAGAUUAUGGAAGUGAUGCAAGGGAAAUGGGUUACUUUUCUGCAGAAACAAGUUCUGCAGAAUUACCAAAAGAUUUACCAGCAACUUUUCCAGAGACUUUUAAUUGCCACAUGCCUAUUUUAACUCAUUCUAAAAUGAAUAAAAACAAAGUAAGAUUCUCAUCCACAGAAGGUUCAGUGAAGCCCAGAUCUGUACAUACGAAGACAAUGAAGCCGUCAGUUUCACAAGUAUUUAAUAGCACAGGUCAGAGAAAGAAAUUGGAUUCCAAAUAUAAGGCCAAGUUGGAGAAGAUCAACCAAGCUAAUGGAUUGGUAUAUGAAUUUAUAAAUACCCUUUACUCUCCCAUGCAGAGCUUCUGUCAUGCUCAGUUAAAGCAAGGGGAAUUAGGGGAAGUAAGACCACGGUAUGUUGAUUUCUUUGACAAGAGCAGAGCAUUCCAUGACCGAGAGGAAAAAGUGGAAGAUGGAGAGGAAGUGGAGCAAAAAACUUUGCUAGAAGCAGCUGCACAGCAUACCCAGUAUCUCUGGCCCGAUGCCUGUCAAGGGAAGAAGACCCACCUUGACGAACCAGACUCAGCACUGGACUGUUUAACACAGGAGCUGUCUGUUAAUGAGCAAGAUGCGCAGCACCAAGCAUGGUUUGUACAAACUGCUUUGCAGACUGGCCACCAGAAGGGUCCUCGAGAAGCUGAGGAACUCAAGAAAACCAGCGAAACAGAAAAUGACAAAACAGCCCCUAUGGGUCCAAAGAUUCCAUCUCCCAAAGCACAGAACUCUUUACCACCUCCAGAGAAUAGCCGAGUCUUUAUAUUCAAUGCAUAUCAGAAGGAGAAUUGUGACCUUGUCAAGUCAGAUGAGGAACUGAAACAACCACGAAGUAUAAAUAUUCAGGUACAACCACGAAUACAUGGUACCCAAGCUAUUUUAGGUUCUGCUUCAUGCCCCAUGGUGGAUCAGUUUCAAUUUGGAAAGCUAGAGAGUUAUGCUAGGUUUUCACCUCCAAAGUCAGGGGAAGCAAGGAUGGAUGAAAUCAUUUUUUCUACAAGAGAGUAUGGUGUCCCAUCUGAUGCAAAUCAUCAAAAAGAACAGGCUGGUGGUAUUGAAAAGAAAGACACAGUGACUUUUGAUUUCUGCAUACCUGCUUUAUCUACAUUCAAAAGGAAGAAACAUUUAAAAAAAUAUUCAGACACGAAAACUUUAGUGAAUCUCAAAUGUGGAAUUUUAAAAGCAAAGAAACCAUCGGUUUCAUACAUAUUGAGUAUUAAAGGUGGUGCUAGCCCAAACCAUAGAAAAGAAUUGGAAUAUAACUCUACAACCAAACUGGAAAAGAUGGAUCAAGGUGAAAAAAUGGCAGCUAAAAUGUAUUCUUUCAUGAGCAUUACGUCUGAUAUUAAUAGGUAUAGCAAUACAGAAAGAGAAAAAGGUAUGUUAGGAGAAAGAAGUCUCAGUUCUAAACAAGUAAAGCAAGCAUUAUUACCACAUCAAGAGAAUAUUACUUCAGAUGACACUGAAGAGAACAGUCUUCAAGAUGCAGAGGAAGAAAGAAGUGAACAGGAGACAUUAAAAGUAAUUCCACAGCACAGCCAACACUUCAAAUUCUGUUCAGGCCAAAGGGAAGAGCUUGAACUUCAUCAAUCAGAAAACCAUGGAAGAGGGAACAUUCUCUUUGUUACUGAACAAGGCAUCUCACAACAAAUGCAGCGUACAGAUUCAAUGCAGGGAGAGAAGCCAAAGAAAAGCUACCAGACACAAAAUGGUGUAAUAUAUACAGCAAGUUCAAAGCUUCCUCUUCUAAAGUCAAAGAAAUCACUAAUUGGUCAAGUUUUAAUGGAUACAAUGAAAGGUGGUGUCCUAAGUGUUGGGAGCCAUAUGGGGGAAUUGUACAGUCAUGAUAAAGAGGAAAAUGCAGAGUUUAAAAAAGAUCUACAAGCAACUGUCCUGGAGUCUUCAGAUCUAGGGAAAUCACCAUGUGAUGGGGAAGUGUGGAAGGCCAAUUCAGCUGAUCCACAAAACAGAUCCAGCAACACAAUGAAAAUGAACGUGCAACAUGAAAGGGAAGAGGAAAAUAUCAAAAAAAUGUUAUCGGAAUCAGUCCCACACUAUAACCAACACUUCAGUUUCAGUGCCCAUCAUAUGAAAAAUUUUGGUUCUUACCAAUCAGAAUCUGAACUGAGUGAUUUAGAAGUCAGAAGCACUUGGAAUUUGUCUUGUGCAGCACAAAAAAUGAGGCAAGAAAAAUGCUUUAGAGAAACUAUUUUGGAGCCUGUUUCUAGACACAUAAUGAAUCUUCUUCAAGUUGAAACAGAGAAAAAAAGUCUUCAUCAAGAAAGAAUUAAAUGUAUGGGAGGACUAAAGACUCCAUUUCCAAAAGCAAGGAAAUCAGAGACUGGUUCAAUACAAGGUGGUGGUCUCUGGGGUGGAAAUCCUAGGAGAAAAUGGGAUAGUUAUAUUUUUGAGAAAAAGGCAUGGAAUCAAAAUGACUUAGUAAGAAUAGUCUUAAAAUCUUCAGGUUUUUCCAGCCUUGAUUCAUGUGAACCUAAAAGCCAGAGCUACCCAUUAGAGUUUGUAAGCAAGAAAAGUAUAAUAAAUCCCAAGCAUGUAACUUUGAAGGCAAAGAAACGAUCAGUUUCACAGUUGCUUAAUAUCACAGGAUGCAUUACAGGAAGCCAUAGAAAGAUGAAGGGGUGCAAAUUUCAGUACAAGAUGAAAACGAGGCAGUGGUUUGAAGGUGUGGGCGAGGCAUCACUCCUUGCUGCUGAGGGAACUAAGAUUCCACCACCCAAGUUAGUGACUGAUGAACGCUCCCUCGAUGCAACAGCAAGGGGCACGCUAUAUAACAGAACACUUCACAGAAAUCUGCAUGGUCAUAUUACAGAGGAAAAGGCAGAGUUAUGGGAGAAUUCAGCCACAACUUUCCUGGAGCCUGUAGAUUUCUUUACACCAAUUUUAUCUGACUCUGAAAGCCAGAUAAACACAGUACGAUUAUUAGAAGAGAAAAUCACAUUGAAUCCCAGAUGUUUAACUCUGAAGGAAAAGGAGCCAGCAAUUUCACAAAUACUUAAAAUCAGAGGGCGGUUUACCACAAAACGCAGGAAAAAACUUGGAUCCAAUUUAAAAACCAAAAUGCAACAGAUGAGUCAAGGUAAAAAUGUGGCUGAUACAUUUCCAAAUACCAUUUACUUCACACCAGAUACCUAUGACAUUGAAAGACAAAGCAGAUUCAAAAUAGGGAUGGACAGAGUAUCAAGGUUUAGUCAUGUACAACCAACACAAAUGCAGUUGCCAGUUGAAGGGCUAGUGAUUUCACAACCAUUUAAUAUCACUGGCCAUGCUGCUUUAAGCAUUAAUGAGCAACAGGGAAAGAAGAUAGACAGAAAGAGAGAGAAAACUGUAUUAAAUGUGGACCUAAAAUUUGUAUAUGAUUCUAUGCCUAUUUUAUCACACCUAAAAAUGGAGCCAUCACCUAGUACCUGGGAUAUCUAUGAAGAAUCUUCUGGAAAGAGAAAUGCCCUAAACAAAGCAAAUGCUAGUUCUGCUUAUGCCUACAUACCUAUGUAUCCUAAAAUCAUAAAACAUAAAGCUAAGGCAAAAACAGCAGGUGUGAAAAACACUAUGCACAUCAGACGGAUGAAAUUGAAGGCAAAGAAACCACCUGUCUCCCAACUGUUUAAUACUAUAGGAUGUGGAACCAGAAGAAACAAAAAGGAACUGAGAUGUGACAUUAAGAAACAGAAGGAGUUCCAGCAAGAUAAAACCAUAGCAGAUUUAUUUCUGAACACUGUUUGUGAUUCUGGAUCUCUUUCAUCUCAAAUUAAACAAUUUACAGAAGUAGAAAGGGAGAAAUCCAGGCCAAGAAAGCCCAUAAACGUUCCUCCACAGCUAGAGCUGGAGAAGUCACUAAAUAAAAGAAAAAUGUCAUCUUCAGAGUCCACUGAUAUAAAGAGUGCUUUCUCAAGAAAUAUCAAAACACUGAAACAAUGCAUUAGAGAGCAAAAAGAAAAGCACCAAAUUGUUUUACUAGACCUUCUCCCACAAUGUAGAGAUCAGUUAGUGAUUAGCCAACAUGUGAAGAAGGAGCUUGACCAUGUGAAAAUAGGAGUAGCUUUGAAAAGAGAAGUAUACUCUGGUCUAGCUUCCCAGAAGAGGGAAAUCAAUUACACUAGGUUCGACAUCCCAAGAAUCAGAACUCAUACAGAAUGUGAAUUCCUUGUUGCUCCAAGAGUAAAGCACAAAGAUGCAGAUGUCGUCAAACAUUCAGUUUCAAUUCCAUGGGGGAGAGGAGUAUCCCAGAAAACCAAUAUUUCAUUAAAUUCAAAAGGACAGAAUAUAUUUCUUACAGAGUUGGAUGCUUCUCAUCAAAAGACUCACAAGGAGCAAGAAUUUCAGAAACAAGGAAGUAUUUCACUGACAAUUCGGGGGUCUUUUGCCUACCCCAUUAUGGAACCUCCUCAUUUGAAGAACACAGGAAAGGUAGCUGAGGAAGAUAUAUACACUAACAAAAGGAAUAUUUCACAUUUAUUGAGAAGAGAAGAUAUAAAAGAAACCGAUAUCUCACAAGGUUCAAAAGGACAGAGGUUUCUUUGUACCAGUCUGGUGGGCCAGCAAACUAUGUCUGCAGCGCAGAAAGGAGAGGUGAAACCAGCUGGUGUUCCUGAAAGUAUUGUGGAUUCUGUGUCCCGCCCAAAUAAAGAGCCUCUUCAGGUAACACAGGCGGUAAAUACAAAGAAGGAAGAUGUAAGCACUUCUCUAAGUUUACGUGUAAAUCCAGGGAGAAAAGAGCGAUCAAAGUUAACGGAUAUUCCAUUAAGAUUAAAUGGACAGAAAUUGACUUCUGAAAAACUGGGGGUGAAGCAACUACAUAGUUCUAACCAGAAUAAAGAAAAUAUUCUGGAAUCCAUUUCUUCUUGCAUGUUGUAUCAAUUCUAUAAUGAAAAGCUAAAGAAAAAAGUCUCAGCAAAAGGAAUGAGUUCAAAAGUUUUGAGUUCAGUAGUAGACAAAGCAUUGAAUGAAGCAGAUACUCCAGUAGAUCAACCUUCUCUUAGCUUGCAUAAUAGAAGAAGAAAAGAACAUCAAAAAGAAAGUACAUGCAAGGUUCUCCCAAAAUCUGUUUCUCAUUCCUCGAUGGAUGUACUUCAGAUUAAGUUGCCAUGUGUAAAAAAAAACAUUAAAGGCUCCAACAGUAAGAUACCAUGUGAAAAGAAGGCAUCAGAAGAAGUAGUUAGCACUGUGGAUUACAUUCCAAGUACAGAAAAAAUUAGCUCGCUCAUUACAGGAAAAGAGAGCAAGGUGCACACAGGUAAAGGUCAAUCAGGUAUGAAACUGACAAGCUUGUGUACUUCCUUACCAUCUCUAUCACAAACUAAUGUGAAUUCAAGAAUAAAAGUAGGACAAGAUAAGUCAGGAAUACCAAGGAGCUGCCUUCCACCACUAAAGCUCCAGGUAUCACCAAAUGUCAGGAAAACUUCAUUUGCAGAGUCAAUUAAUAGAGGUAGUUUAAGCAAUGUAAGAGAAUCAAAACAUUUGCCACAGGGAAAAAAAGAGGAUGGAGUAUAUGUGAAAGACAUAAGGGGCCUCAAAUGUGUCACUUUUAAAGGAAAGAAAACACCUUUUGAACACACACUGCAUGGAAAAGAACCACAGUGGAACAACAAAGAGCAAGAGGAAAUGAUGCAGAAAGAUAAAAGUAAUCUGGACAUAGUUCAGAGUAAACGCCAUGCUUCCAUUCCUUCCUCACCUCAUGCGGAGUGGGAUCCUGGAAUAAAAGAGGUGCUCAUGCGAGGAAUCACAGGAUUUUGUCUCCCAUCACUGACGCUCCAGGAAUUAUCAGAUACAAUGGGAAUAUGUGAGGAGCCAGCUGAUGAUAUUUUAAGCAGUAUAAAAAAGGCAAAAUAUAUGCCACAGAAAGAUGGAGUGGAAAUGGCUUUGGAAGAAAUCAGGCAUCCCAAAAGAAUAGCUUUGAAGGCAAAACGGACUCCAAUUGCACACGAAUUACAGUUGAACAUCAAAGAAAAAGAGAAAAAGAUGCAGGAAGAUAAAGAUAAACCAGUUGGGAUUCGGAGCAAAUCUUGUGUUUCCAUCUCUUUUCCACCUUACUCAGAAGUGGACACAAGAAUAAAAGGGGAAGAAGCCUUGCUAAUAAAAACAAGACCAUCUUUCCUACAAACAGAACUCCAGGAGUCAUCAGAUAGAGGAAAAAUAGCAUACAAACAGUCUAUUCAUGGUGAGACCUCAAACAGUGUAGAAGAAUCCAAGGAACAUUAUAUAAUGCAGGAAGAAGAGGAGAAAGUAAAAAUGGUAAAAGUCAUACUUUUGAGGAAAAAGAGAUCACCAAUUUUACAGGAAAUCCAGCUGGACAUCAAAGAGCAAGAGGAGAAGACACAAAAAAUUAAAGGUGAGCCAAAUGUCCUUGUGACCAAUACUAGCACUUGCAUACCUGCUCCUUCUCAUUUACAGUUGGAUACAAGAAUAAAAAAAGCAGACUAUGUAACUGAAGUAACAAGAUCCUCUCUUCCAGAACUGUCACAGCAGAAAUCAUUAGAUGCAGUGAAAAAAGCAAAUAAGUCCACUGAUGGUGAUAUCACAAGUGAUGUACAAGAAGCAAAAGAACAUACACCACAGAAGGAAGAGACUAAUGUAGAGAAAUCAGCCAAGAGAGACAUGAUGCAUCCAAAAGAUAAAGAUUUGAAAAGAAAGGAAGCACUAUUACAGGACAUACCAUUGAAUCUUAAAGAGCAGGUGAAAGAGGAUCCAGAAGGUGAAGAGCAGGGGAAAGUGGAUAGAGGAGGUAAAGGUGAACAAGAAGUAGUUCUGCCCACAAAUUGGGCUUCUGAAUCUUUAACUCACCAUGAAUUGAACACAAGAAUAGGAGAGGAAGACAGGCAAGAAAUAACAGGAUCCGCUGUUUCACAACUACAGCUACGGAAAUCAUCUCAUGCAGGGAAAAUGGUGUAUACAAAGUCAGCUGGAGAUGAUAUUUCAAAUGAUGUAAGAGUAAUACAAGAGUAUGAGCCACAGGAAGGAGAAGAUAGAAGAAAAAUAGUAAAUAUAAAAUAUAUAAUGUAUCCCAAAGGCACAACUUCCAAGGCAAAGGUAUUACCACCUCCACAUGUACUCUGUAUCUCUGGGGGUUGUGACGCCCAAAUUAGAGAAGUACAGACAAGCAUAAAAGAAAAAUUAAGAUACAUACAAGAAAGAAGUGAGCUAGGUAAGGUUCUGACAAGACCUUCUCUGCCUCAGUUUAAAUUAAACAAAAGUAUAGAAGGCAAGGAGGAGAAACAAGUAUCAAGACCGUUUCUUCUACCCUCAUGGCCAAGGGAAUCAUCAAAUGCAGAGAAAUUAAAACAUACGGUACUACCUUUGAAUGAUACUUCAAAUGAUUCAAAAAGAACAAAAUACAUGACACAGAAAGAAGAGGAUAAAGCGAAUACUUUUGAGAAAGACAUAACGCAUUCUACGUAUAUAGCUUUGAGGGCAAAGAAAUCACCCCUUUCCCUUAUAGUCAAAACAAAGAAACUGCAAGUGAACAUCAAAGAACAAGUGAAAGUGGGACAAGAAGAUAACAAGGAAACCGUUGUGCUUCCACACAAAAUUCAUCCUUUUCUCAUUUCCUCAACUCAUCUUAAGUGGAACACAAUAAAAGACGAGGAAGGUGAGCCAGGAAUAAUAAUAAACGAUGCGCCACAUCUUGAGCUCCAAGAAUCAUUGCCCUCAGGGCAAUUAGCAUCUACAGAUUCACCUGAUAGCCAUGUGAAGAAAGGAGACCCACGCCCACGACAGGCAGAAAGGAACGGAGUACAAACAGGAGCCAUGAAUGGCUCAGUGCAGCCCCAGGGCACAGAUUUUAAGGCAAAGACAUCACCACCUUCUCAUACAUUCAGUGUCACUGAACACGGUGCUUUGAACCAGAGAAAGGAACCACAGUGGCAUAUGAAGGAGAAAGUAGAACAGGAGCAGCAAAGAACAGGAGAUCCUGAUGUGGCUCCGACAAAAACUUCUUCCACACCUUCUCCAUCUUACCACAGAUUGGACACAAGAACUAAAGUAGACAAAGAUUUGCUUGCAGUUACAGGAUUCUCUCCUUCACAAUUGCUGUGCUCCAAGUCAUCAGGUGCAGGAAAAAUCAGAUAUGCAGAUUCCAAUGAAAGUAUUAGGUCAUGUAAUGUAAUAAUAAAAGCUUAUCAAAGUAUGCCAUAUACAGAGGUAAAGGACAGAGUAAAAAUAAAAGGUGGGAAAGAUCGAAGAUUCCCCCAAAUAAUCACCUCGACAGCAGAGACAUCCCCACUUCGACAUCUACCCAGUAGAAAGAGGCUACCUUUGAAUAUUAAAGAGCAAGGAAAAGAAGUGCCAGAAGGCAAAAGUGAACCAGAAAUGGUUCUGAAGGAAACCUGUGCUGCCUUACCUUCUCCAUCUUACCUGAAAUGGGACACAAGGAUGAAUGAAAAGGAAGACACACUAAGAAUAACACAAUCCUAUUUUCCACCACCAAAGAUUCAGGAUCCAUCCAGUUCAGGCAAAAAGCCAUAUACUAAGUCAUUUGAUGGUUGUGUGUUAAAAGAGAAGGAUAGACUCAAAACAGAUCUUGAAAACAAAAUGGUCCCAAUACCUAUGGCUCUGAAGGCAAAGGAAUUACCACUUUCACGUAUACUCGAUACCAAAAAAUUGCAGUGGAAAAUUAAAGAGCAAGAGAGAAAGGUGCAGAAAGAUGAAAAUGACCUAGCUACGCAUCUGGAAAACAUUUGUACUUCUUUACUUACUCUACCAUAUCUUAAAUUUGGUUCAAGAGAAGGAGAGGGGUACAUGAUAAGAAUUACAGAACUGCCUCUCCUGCACCUACAGUCCAAGGAAUCACCAGGUGCAGUGAAAACAACAUACGCAGAAACAACUGAUGGAGAACUUUCAAAUGAUGUAAAAAAAUUAAAAGAACACACAUUACUGAAAGAAGUGAGGGACAGAGAGAAAAAGGUGGAUAUGAAUAGUAUGGUGGAUCCCAAUGAUAGGUAUUUAAAAGCAAAGAAAUCACCUAAUUUACUUAGAUACAAUCUAAGUGCCCUUCGGUGGAAAACUAAAAAGCAAGAGGGAACAGCUCAGGAAGGUCAGCGUGAGCCAGGUGGUGCAGUGCUGACUAAGACUUGUACUUGCAGAUCUCCCCUACUUCACUUCAACACAAAUACCAGAGUUGAAGAAAAGAGAAUACCAAUAUUAACGAGAUCCUCCUUUCCCACAGUCAGCUCCCAGGAAUCAUCAGAUUCUGAGGACAUGGAAUGUAUAGAGCCCAUUACCAGUGAUAUUUUAAUCAGUCCACAAAAAGGAAAAUAUCAUAUGCCCCAGAACAAGGAAAAGGAUGGAGUAGAAAUAGUAAACCUCAUGUUUCCCAAACAUCAAGAAAAGAAGAUGCAGGAAAGUGAAGAUGAACCAAGUGUGGUUGUGGCCAACUCUUCCUCUCCAUUACCAUCUCUCCCUCACCUGCAGUUGGAUAAAGAAACACAGGUAGGUGAUGAAAUGCUAGGACCUGCAAGGUCUGUUGUGCAGCGAGAAUCAAAUGCCGGGGAAGUAGUACAUACAGAAGCAAUCCAUGGUGAUGUCAUGAAAGACAGUCAAAAUAAGAAACAACUCGUGCCUCAGGAAGAGGAGCAGUACAGAAAAAAAACAAUAGAUAGGAGAAAUAUGACACACACCACAGAUAUAAGUUUGAAGUCCAGGAAAUCACCUCCUUUACUUAUGCUCCAUAGAACAGAAUUGCAUCUGAACAUUGGAGGGCAAGAACAAAAGAAAGAUGAAUGUCCAGGUAAACCAGCUGGUACAGUGCUAAGAAAAAUUUAUGUUUCCAAACCUCCAGCUGAAAUUACAUUGGAUAAAGGUAUACAAGUAGAUGAAGAAAGGCUUAGAAUUAAAAGACUCUCUCUAAUUCCACAAAUGCUUUCAGCAGUAUCAGAUACAAAGAUGAGAGCAGAUACUGGGGCAAUUUGUGAUAUAAGAGAAAGAAAACAACAUAUGUCACAGAAAGAAAAAAAGCACGAAGUGAAAACAGUAGAUAUGAGGAUCAGGAUGCAUCACAAAGAGGCCAGGAUUUCGUCAAUUUCACAUAUCUUUAACACAAAGGAAUUUGUGUUGAAUAUUAAAGAGCUAAAGGAAAACGUAUACAAAGGGAAAGAUGAGCUACCUGUGGUUCUGACAAGGACUUUUCUUUCUGUCCCAUCAGCACCUUCCCUUUAUCUAGACUCAGGGAGCAAAGUAGACAAAGAUGUGCCAGGACUUACAGGAUCCUCUCCUCCACAGCAAAAUCUCCAGGAAUCAUCAGACACUCAGAAAACAGCAAUUAGAGAGGUGGUUGCUGGUGAUGGUGAGAUCGUUAAAAAAGCGGGACACUCUGUGCACCAAGAAAAAGCAGUGCAACAGUGGACCUCAAACUUCAUGAUCAGUGUACAGCGAAGGAAUGAACCUCCACGAGUCAAAUCUGAAGGAGAUCUGAGUCAGUUAGUUUUAAAUUCACAGCAUGAGAACAUUUAUUUAACAGGAUUUGGUACCAUAAGUGGGAAGAGGCUGGAGUAUUUCUUUACAGGACAAGAGGUUCAGCCAGAGAAAUACAAAACAGAAACUUUCACUACAUUUCUUUCCUACCCCACCAUGGAGCCCACUAAAAUUGGAAAUCUGAAGAAACAAACUGAAAUAAUGGAUAACUUAAACCAUAAAAUAAGCCCUAAGGUUUUAGUUACACCACCAAGGAAAAUAUCCAAGAAAAUGUAUAUCACAUUUGGUGCCCCCAUAAGUGCAAAAGGAUUUUCUGUUUCAGAGCAAGAUGCCCACCAACAAAAAACUUUAUCAAAAGCAUCUCCAGGAUCUGCAGAUUCAUAUAAAUUUGAUAAGCCAGCGAAAGAUGUACAUAAUAACGAUAAAGUGAGCAAAAUGCUCUCUCCCGAAGUGUUGGCCCCACAGACAGAGGGAUCACUUGAGAAAAUGAAUAUCGCAGAGUCAGAUACCUCCCCAAUUAUAGAGGAACAAGAGAUUGUUGUGAAAAAGCAAGUGGUUCUACAGUCUGAAAGUGGACAUAAGACCUGGCUGGACUCCAGCUUUUCUCUUAAGUUCCCACUUCAAAAUGGAAGGCAGAAGACGCCAUUGGAAACAGAUGUACACAAGCAAACUAUAGUGUACCCCAGAAUACAAAUACUACCAGGAAUACACAUGGAUAUUACAGUGUUUGAUACCAUAGGAGGGAAAAAAGAGCAGGGAUUGCCAGUUCCACAACAAGAGGAAUAUAUUCUAGAAUCACUUCAGAAGUCUCUUUCUUCCCACUGGACUUUUCCACUUCAAUCUGGAGAUCUGGAGGGAAAAAAUAAAAUGGACACAAGCACUACUAUAAAUCUGGAGCAAAAAACAUUAGAAAUGGAAGAAGGGGAGUUAAAAAUAGACACAAACAUAGCUAUCCGUCUGGCAGCAGACAAAACAGAAAUGCACAAACAUACCAUGGUCAAUCUGGAGGAGAACAAGAAAAGGGACACAAGCAAUACCGUAAACCUGAACAUUCCGUCUCUAAAGGCACAAAUACCUCAAAUUAACACUCAGCUGAUAACUCAUAGAGCAAACAGCUGCCCAAUCAAGCAAAAACAUAAAAAGGAACUAGAAGUCUCUGGUGCAAAACAAAAUAUUCAGCCACAGAAAUUGUUUCAAAAACAUGUUCUGGAUUCAUUUUAUGCCUAUAUUCCUCUUUCUCUCAAAUUUAAAGGCUGGAAAGGCAGGUUAACAGUAGCAGAUUUGAAAAGAGAAUUGAGCCCCAAAUAUUUAACCAUGAAAAUCCCAAAUCAUCCAGUUUCACAGAUUCUUAACAACAUGGGACAUGGCACUCCAAGCAAUAGAAAGAAAUUAGAGUAUGACUUGAAGAAACCAAAGAAAACAGUUUUGCGGAGUGAAGAUGCCUCAGGAAUAUUUGUCAGAAGUCUUUCUAUUUCCACGGUGAGUUCAUCUCAGAUAGAAGAAAUAGUAGACUCUGAGACAAACCGAGGAAGAGAAAAGAUACUCUGUCCUUCUGAAUUCCAGCAGAAAUCACCACACACUCAGGAGAAUAGCUUGAGCACUGUAAAAGAAGGGGACCAGAAUUUUACAGACACAGCUCCAGAGGAUUCCCAGCCCUCUGUGGUAGAGGAGCAACAAAUGCAAAAACUCCCCAGUGUCAAAUCAGAAGCAAACCUCGGCAGUGAAACAAAGGAAAAAAAUUUAAUUCCACAAACCAAAGAAGAAAGGGUUGUUCCAGGGCACGACAGCUCAAGGAUCAUAAAAGAAUCUGACUUGCGUAUGACUGAAGAAGAAGGAAAGGCACCAAAGCCCCUUCUGACACCCGCAGAGGGUCCACUCAUGUCUGACGAGCCAAAGGACAAUUGUAUCUCACCCCCUCGGUGGGGGGAUCAGAGUGAACCCGUCCAGGCUACAACCGCACAAAACGUCCAGCACCAAAAACCUUUUCCAGGAACCGGGCCUAUACCAUCCCAAGUUAAAAGUAAUGAAAUAAAAGUAGUGGCAGGUAGUACAAGUACAGAAAGUUUACUUCCUCUUUUUGAAGCAAUUAAAAAUAUCUUUGAAUCCCAGAUAAAAAAUAUGAUCUAUGACAACAUUUGUGAAGAUAUACUGAAAAAAGUAAAAGCCCCAAAACCUGAUGAUUGGAAGUUACCACCACGUGCAGGGAGCCCAGAUACAACGUGCACAACAGUACCUCCCGAAGUGCAGCCAAAACCCAUUUUGGAACGUUUUACUCCCAAAGAAAACAACAAGCUCACUAAUCAUUUCGAGUCAAAAGCAUUUGAAAUAAAACUGAAUCUGAUACCAGAGAUGGCAAAACAAUCCUUCCAAAAGUUCAGCUUUUAUCUAAAUCAGUCUUUUUCAGAAGAUAACAGUUGGAGGCUAUAUCCGAGACAUAAAAAAAUGUGCUUUUUGUCUCUAAAAGGGAUUGAUACUGUAGAACUUCACUUAAAACAGAAAUGCGCCCAGGAUUCACCGCCUGUCAGCUGUAUGAAGACACUGAUUGUCAGUGUUUCAAGGGACAGCGAAGAGAUCACUACAAAGUUAAGGAGGAUUAGUAAGCUAGAAAGUGGAGUGUCUUCAGUGACUUCAGCUAAGCAGAUGCCAUGUCCUCAUAUUCUUCAAAACUACUCAGUAGAAGAAAAAGACAAACUGCUCAUACACUUUUCUAUGAAAACAUUGGAGAUUCACAUGAAAGCCUUUCCCAGAAUUGUAAGAGAAUCUUGUGCAAUGGGCAGUCCUCAGAAUAUAAGGAAGCCUUUAUCUAAAUGUAUUCAUUCUGGUUUCAAAGUACCAAAACGAAAAAAUAGAAUUUUGUUACUUUUUGAGGAAAAAUCUCUUCAUCAAAUAGAUCUUGAUUUACAAUACAAAUACCUUCAUUUUCUCCUGGGGCUUCCAGUCGGAAGUGUAUUCCCUAAACCAACUGCACUUCCCAAACAUAUUCUUAAGUUAAACACAGUUGCAAUAUGUGAAAAUAUAGAUAACAGGGGAGAAAGUGGUGGUGAUCUUUGCAUUGACAUGGAACUGUUAGAACAGCACAUCUCUUUCAAAAAUCAAAGUCCUCAUGAAAACUCAUCGUUGAGAAAAUUCUGGGAGCCAACCCUUGUGUGUGCUUCCGACCCCAGUCAACAAGGCCCAGUGCAGAAAGAUACUACAGCUCUUUCAGAGUUAAAAUCUCACACGACUCUGGAAAAAGAUAAACAAUGUCAUGUAUGGUUUCAAGAAACAGAUAUAUGCAAAUCUUUUGAUUCAAAGACUCAGGAAAGCACUCCCAGUUUAGUUGAUUCCCACUCAACUCAGAUUUCUGAAGAUUUUACCGAGAGUCAGACAAAUAUUAAGAGUUCAGCCAACUUGGAGGAAUGCUCAGCUCUUGAAGCACAUGAGAGUGAAGAAUGUAUGUUUUUGGAAGCCAACCCUUAUUUAAGUCAGGAAUCACAAAACAUUCUAUUUGAAUUACAGAAAGGCAUUCCUUUGGAAAAUCUCUACACGAUGAAAAAAAGCAAAACUAAUUUGAAACCAUUGUACAGGGAAGAUUCAGGUUCCCAACAUAUUAGAGCCUGUAGAAAACACUCCUCAAUUGUCACACCUUCCUAUGAAUCCCACAAAAGCGGGAAAUAUAGGUCAUCCUCUAAAAUGCCGUCUCCUGACUGGUUGCGUGGCCACGGUUCAUUAAAUGCUGUGGAAGUUCUGUCUAGAUCAUCUUCCAUUCCAUUCAGUGAAGAGAAGUCUUUGUGGACUGCAAGGUGCAGAACCAACCAUUCUUUAGCUCCCUUAACAGAAUCAAACAUCAAAUUACAUCUUGCAAAAGGCCAAGGCAAACCUCACAGACAUCUGGAAAGCAAAGAAGGAAAGAAGGCCAAAUCUGAUUUAUUUAGAAAGAACAACAUUCAUUGGGACUGUGAUUACAGUUAUACAUGGACUAAAGAGAAAUGCACAAGAAAGAAGAAAGUCCGUAAUUGUGAGUCAGAAAGAUCAAAUUACUUCUCAAGCAAACCUAAGUUACCAUCAAAGCUUCAUCAAGAGGAUAUCAACUUUCAUUCUGAAAGAAAACAAAACCAGCCAUUUUUUUAUGCCUGUAUACCAGCAGAUUCACUGGAAAUUAUGCCCCAAACCAUUCGCUGGACUAUUCCCCCAAGAACUUUAAGGAAGACAAACUUCAGAGUUCCUCUGGUGGCAAAGAUUUCAAGUUCUUUCAAUAUAUGGACUUCAUCCAAAAAGUUUUUGGAGUCCCUCUUGGAGUCCUUCAGUCCAGUUCAUCAAAAUAGAUACUAG